GUGAAAUCAUGCAGCUCUUUAUUCGUUCUCAGAAUCUGCACACCCUUGAGGUGUCUGGACGAGAAACAGUAGCUCAUCUUAAGGCUCACAUUGAAUCCCUGGAGGGCAUUGCAUCUGAGGAUCAAGUGGUUCUUCUGGGUGGGAUCCCCUUGGAAAAUGAUUCUGUCAUUGGACAGUGUGGCAUCAGCGACCUUACAACUUUGGAGGUUGCUGCACGCAUGCUUGGUGGCAAGGUCCACGGUUCCUUGGCUCGUGCUGGCAAAGUGAGAGGCCAGACCCCAAAGGUUGCUAAGCAAGAGAAGAAGAAAAAGAAAACGGGUCGGGCCAAGAGGCGCAUGCAGUACAACCGCCGCUUUGUCAACAUUGUGCCAGGGUUUGGCAAAAAGAAGGGGCCUAAUGCUAAUUCCUAAAUAGCACCCAGUCAUAUAAUAAAUCAGAUACUUUGCCUGGACCGUU